AUGACUCGUUAUUUCUGCUGUGGAAACUACUUCCCAGGCUAUCCUUGCUAUGGAACCAACUUCCAUGGCACCUACAGAGCCACCCCCCUGAACUGUGUCGUGCCUCUGGGUUCUCCCCUGAACCACGGCUGUGGAACCAUCUACAGCUCCCGCAACUACUGUUACGGUGGUGUUAGUAACUUCCAAAAUCCAGGCUGUUGCUAUGGCAGCAGCUUCUACAGGCCAUGGGGCUCUGGCUCUGGCUUCGGCUACAGCACCUACUGAUGGCCCAAUGGCUCUGAUGACUACAGGACCCUCAACCAGUUAAUCUUCACGAGGAACAACCUGAGAAAAAUGUCUGUCAUCCAGCCAACCGUGUGCUUGGACGGUAGACAGCUUACAGUGGUAUAGCUCUUUGGUGAUGCCGAACAGGAUGCCAGUGCUGCGCCGAAACUCAUCUGCAGCUAAGGAAAGCCAGACACACAGCUUUUUAAGAAGAGACUGAAAUCUGGCAGUGCAGGAGGUCGCUCACUUCCCAGGUUCUCCCAUAUUCAACGGCAUCAGCAUAAGCGCGUUUCUAAUUGGACUGUGUGCGCAGGGUCUUACUGUCAGUCUCCCAAUAAAUCUGUUUCGUUCAGCAUGCA